AUGUCAGGGAACAGUACUGGCAAACCAUGGCAAACCCACAUAUCAAAUCAUCAUGUCUUCGCCACUUCUAGUGGAAUUCUUCUCGGCAUCGUUGGGGUCCGUCGCACCCGGCUUCCUUGGGAGGCGUACGAGCGAAAGGGUGAGUACACGAACGCUUUGGCCGAGCUUUGCCUGGCCUUGAAGCAGGAGCCAUCGCAUGUUUCUUCUCUCAUCACGCAGGGUCUCAUCCACAUGCAGAUGAAGGAACUGGAGCAGGCUGAGACCUCUUAUCGGAAAGCCCUGGCGGUUGAAAAGAAUCACGCGCUUGCUCUGGUUCGCCUCGGCUACUGCAAACUCUUGGCAGCGGACCUGCAGGAGGCGAUUCAUCUAUUCCAGCGGGCUUUGCAGCAACGAUGUGGCACUGUUGCUCUGCCUCGUUCUGUCAAAGGGUCAGCCCGGAUCUACAUGGCAUUGGCCAUGAUGGGGCAACAGGACAUGGACGGCGCUCUUUACCAGCUUGCAGAAGCUCGCAAAAACCACAGGAACUUCGAAAGUCUGUGCAGCUCCGGGAAAGACAGCAUAGUCAAAGGUGAGUGCGAAGGUCUCGUUGGCAAGCUUCGUUCCAUGUCAGACCUGGAUGUCACCCUUGCACAGGCAUGGCAGUUGGUUGAGCUGAUGGCGAAGGAGUUGGAAAUGGGCCUUCGAGACCCGUCAGCAGGAAAGGGCAGUUCGCCGGAGUCGGGGCAGAGCCCUGCGAGAGAGCAGUUCACUGCUUCUUCACCAGAGAGCCAGGCAAAGAAAGUAAAGGGUGAAGCCGUGUCUUCUCCGGUCACAGAUCGUCGUGCUUGGGCUACCAGUGGCACAGAGGCAGCCGGACCCGGACCGGAGAGACGCGCAUGGAUUUCUACGACCGAUGCAAAGGAUGCUCGAAGUACCGGCCAGUUAGAUCAAGGAGGCAAGAUCCUGCUAGCGAAGCACGAGAUGAUUGAUUUUGCGAAGCUAACGCAGAAGGAUUGCCUGGGAUCCGGCGGUUUCGGAGCUGUGUACCGAGGGAUUUUUGAAACUCGCGAGGUGGCAAUCAAGAAGCUUUUCUGUGAGGAUGGAGGCAACAUUUCGCCACUGCAGCUGGAGGAGCUGGAGAAGGAGGUAGUUGCGCUUCGAAGUCUUAGCCAUCCGCGGCUGGUGGGUUUCAUUGGAGCGUGUUUGCAGCCGCCGAACUUGUGCAUCGUCACAGAGUCAGGAGCUUGGGCGGCUGUCGUGAGUGAGAUCACAACGUGCGAGCAUGAGGGCCGAAAUGCCAAGUCUGCGCUGCAUCGCGCAGCGCUGCGUGGGCGGGCGGAGAUGAUCUCAUUGUUCUUGCGCGAGGAGGCUCCUGUAGACGUCUUGGAUGAGCAAGGCAACACUCCACUGCACUUGGCCACAGAUCUGGGCCGUGCACGAGCCGUUCACUGCUUGCUCCAGGCACGUGCCUGCGUCCAGACAAGAAACUGCUUCGGGCGGUCGGUGAAGGAGAUGGCCGUAACCAAUUCGUGGGAUGAGCAGAGCAUCGCGGACGGUAAAGCGUUGAUCAGGAGGAUGCUCGAAGCAGAGCAAGUUCCUCUGGACAACUUACCAGCCGAGCCGCCAGCAGCUUCGCACCCUUUGCCUGAGAAGGUUCGCAGCUUUGGGCAUGUCGAUCCCGAAGUCAGCUUGCCCGUGGACAAACCUGCAUCGCCCAGGGAGGAGCCAGAAGCUGCAUCAUCCUGGACGCGGGUAUUUGUCGGCGAGAGGAAGUCAGAAAGCAAGCAUCAGCCAUCAGCCAGCAUGUCGUCGCGAACAUCGUAUAGCCAGAUGUCUGAUGAUGCCUUUCUCACAGAGGUGUGCCUCCAGGCACUGGUGAAGCAGGCGGAUCUGGGAAGCGUCAAGCGCUGGCUGCGAUGCAAGUCCCAGCAGCUGCCCCUCCCGGGUGAAACGGCCGAGAGCGCUCUCUUCGCAGCUGUGGGCAGCUGCGAAUUCAGUGAGACCGGUGAGGACAUUCGUGUUGCACAGUCGGCUUUGCACCUGGCUGCGCUGCAUGGCCACACGGACAUCUUGAUGCUGUUGCUAGAGACUAGAAUCAAUCCCAACGUGACGAAUGAUCAAGGCAGCACGCCAUUGCAUCUCGCUGUGGACUUGGAUCGCGCAGAAUCGGCACAACUGUUGCUGAAAUUCCGAGCAAACCCGUGUCUGCGGAACAACUUCGGCCGCACGCCGUAUGGUAUGCGCGAUGGUCGAGGCCGCCUUCCUGUGCCACCAAGUGCUGCAGACAGGAUGGUGACGAUCUUCUUCGAUGCGUCGAAGCAUCUUAGUGACACCGAAUGCAGCAUCUGCCGCGAAGAUUUUCAGCAAGGGGAUCAGCUCCGUGUUCUGCCAUGCUUGCACAAGUACCACGCUUUCUGCAUUGACGAGUGGCUGGCACGCAGCGUGGCCCGGAACUGUCCCUCCUGUUUACAUUGCAUCGACAAUGUCAGCAGUGAACAAGAUGACAUCGAGUUGAUCAGUCUGUGA